UGUCAACAAAAAUAGCUACACCUAUCGUUUUCUCCGGUGAAUGUUUACGUUCAAACUGGCUGUGUGUUGAUUUAGAGAGAAGUAUUGGCCCUGUUAACUAACGGACAUGGUCUGAAAAUGUUGCAGGAACAUCUCUUUUCGUACCAACAAGUUAGCUAGCUGCUAGCUAACGUUAGUUGUUAGCUCUUCGCAACAACUAGUUUCAGCUAGAUUAGGCUAUCUAGGUACAAUAGCAAGUUAACAAGACGAGCCUAAGGCUAUAUUUAUUUUUGGUCAGGUGUCGAGCCUUCCCGUCUGUUUCACUGUGCAUGAUAUGGCCUUCAAUUCUUUGAACAUGGAUGAGGCAUCCCCUGCAUCUCUGACGGAUCUGUGUCUGUCCUACGUCAGUAGGAACCUGGAGAGGUUCUGUGUGAAGCAUGCUGAUGGAUCUCUCUGUCUCAGAGACUCUCUGCUAUUUCCCCAGGAGCUAGCUGACCAGCUGCUGGCUAAGAUGGCCACUGAAGGUCUGUUGAAUGACAAUACAGUAGGAGUGUUUCGUAGCAGUGAGUACCUUCGGCUGCGUCGUGCGUGUAUUCGUACGGCCCGUAUCUCUGCCGAGGCGUUCCAGAGAGCCCUCUGUCCUCACCGCCUGCUGGAGCUGGACGCUGCUAGGGUCAACGCUGACCUCACAAUCUCUGACAUACUACAUGGCCUUGCCUCCAACAAACACUGCCAGGAGAGCUUGCAGCGGUUGGUCCUUACAGGUCUGACCAUGUCCUCUCUGGAGGAACCGUCAUGUCACUGUUUCAGCUCUCUCCAGGGGCUGAGGUCCCUCUCCCUGGCCAAUGUGGACUUCUACGACUCUGGGCUGGCUGAUGUGUGUUCCCUGUCCCGCCUGGAGAGCCUGGACCUGUCCAACACCUCCGUGACCAACCUCAACCCUCUACUGGGACUCAGAGAGAGGCUGAGGUCACUAACACUACACCAGCUGAAGAGGCUGGAGAUGAGCACUGCCCAGCUACUGGCUGUCAUUGGGCAACUGGAGGCACUGCAGCACCUGGACAUCAGUGAUGAUAAACAGUUCACAUCAGACGUGGCUCGUCAGCUGCUGGGUGAGCCUGGAAUCCUGCCUGCUCUGGUCUCGCUGGAUGUGUCUGGACGCAAACAGGUGACGGAUGCGGCGGUCAAGGCGUUUGUAGAGGAGCGUCCAGGGAUGACCUUUGUUGGUCUGCUGGCUACAGACGCUGGCUUCUCUAACUUCCUCAAUGGAAAGGGCAGCCUCAAGGUGACAGGAGAGGCCAAUGAGACUCAGAUCUGUGAGGCGCUGCGUCGCUACAGUGAGAGGGAGGGCUUUGUCAGAGAGGCUCUGUUUCAUCUCUUCAGUCUCACACACGUCAUGGAGAAACCACGCCCUGACAUACUCAAGUUGGUAGUUUUGGGGAUGAAGAACCACCCUGCCACCCUGAACGUCCAGUUGGCAGCCAGUGCAUGUGUGUUUAACCUGACCAAGCAGGACCUGGCAGCGGGCAUACCUGUUAGACUGCUGGGCACAGUCACUCAACUACUGCUGGAGGCCAUGUGCACCUUCCCUAACCACCAACAGUUGCAGAAGAAUUGCCUGCUCUCUCUGUGCAGUGACCGCAUACUGCAGGAGGUUCCCUUCAACAGGUUUGAAGCAGCUAAGCUGGUGAUGCAGUGGUUAUGUAACCAUGAGGACCAGAACAUGCAGAGGAUGGCUGUGGCUAUCAUCUCUAUACUGGCUGCCAAGUUGUCUACAGAACAGACGGCACAGCUGGGAGCAGAGCUCUUCAUAGUGAAGCAGCUUCUCCACAUUGUGCAUCAGAAGGCUACCCAGGGCGUGGUGGACGCCACCCUCAAGUUCACAUUGAGCGCACUCUGGAACCUCACUGACGAAUCACCAACCACCUGCCGCCAUUUUAUAGAGAACCAGGGACUGGACCUGUUCAUCAAAGUACUGGAGUCAUUCCCCUCUGAGUCUUCCAUCCAACAGAAGGUGUUGGGGCUGCUGAAUAACAUAGCGGAGGUUGGGGAGCUGCAUGUGGAGCUGAUGGUUCAGGGCUUCCUGGAUCACAUCUGCUCCCUGCUCCACAGCCCUGAGGUGGAGGUGUCCUACUUUGCUGCUGGGAUACUGGCCCACCUCACCUCCAGAGGAGAGGCUGCUUGGACACUCAGUAUCACACUGAGGUCUGACCUGCUAGAACAACUGCACUCUACCAUCCUGAAGUGGCCGACACCAGCGUGUGAGAUGGUGGCCUACAGGUCCUUUAACCCUUUCUUCCCCCUGCUGGAGUGUUUCCACACCCCAGGAGUUCAGCUGUGGGCGGCCUGGGCCAUGCAGCAUGUCUGCAGCAAGAACGCCCCUCGGUACUGCAGUAUGCUGCUGGAGGAGGGAGGUCUGCAUCAGUUGGAGAAGGUCCAGACACACCCUGACACCCACGCAGACGUCAUGCGAUUGGCCGAGAGCAUUCUGGAGAGCCUGCAGCGCCACCAAGCUCGCACCAGGCAGACCACACAGACACACACACACACCCGCUGCCCGCUACAACCCCACACACACAAAGAGGGUGACAAGCCCUGAUCAGAACCUAUCCCACUGCUACCUUCAGGACAAGAGGCCAUUGAAAGUGUAUGCGUGUGCGUGAGUGCGUUCAUUAGACAGGGGUGAGGAUGGACACCUUGUCACCCCCCAUCCUGUCUAAAGGUGGUACUAUAAAGUGAAUGAGAGGACAGAAACUAUGCAUUUCUUUGCACACACACCUUGCUAUGUUUUCUAGAGUUUGGUAAGCAAAAGUAGAACUAUGUGGCUACUUAUGCGUGCUACUGAUAAGCAAAUUAAUAUUAUGUAAAACAAAAUGCUAAGAAAAUAGUUGUUGGUUAAAAACACUACGGUCGAUGUCUAUGCCCCCACGUAAAUCUAUUUAUAAUGAAAUAAUCACCAUAAAAAUCUGUUAAUUUAAACUAGAGAAGUUUUUUUGCAUUUGAUGCAUCUCAAUCCACCUACAGUACCAGUCAAAAGUUUGGACACACCUACUCAUUCAAGGGUUUUUAUUUAUUUUUACUAUUUUCUACAUUGUAGAAUGAUAGUGAAGACAUCAAAACUAUUAAAUAACACAUAUGGAAUCAUGUAGUAACCAAAAAAGUGUUAAACAAAUCAAAAUAUAUUUGAUAUUCUUGCCUUAAUGACAGCUUUGCACAUACUUUCUCUCAACCAGCUUCACCUGGAAUGCUUUUCCAACAGUAUUGAAGGAGUUCCCACAUCUGCUGAGCACUUGUUGGCUGCUUUUCCUUCACUCUGCAGUCCAACUUAUCCCAAACCAUCUCGAUUGGGUUGAGGUCGAGUGAUUGUGGAGACCAGGUCAUCUGAUGCAGCAAUCCAACACUCUACUUCUUGGUCUAAUAGCCCUUACACAGUCUGGAGGUGUGUUGGGUCAUUGUCUUGUUGAAAAACAAAUCAUAGUCUCACAAAGUGCGAACUAGAUGGGAUGGCGUAUCACUGCAGAAUGCUGUGUUAGCCAUGCUGGUUAAGUGUGCCUUGAAUUCUAAAUAAAUCGGUGUCCCCUGCAAAGCACCAUCACACCACCUCCUCCAUGCUUCACGGUGGGAACCACACAUCCAGAGAUCAUCCCUUCACCUACUCUACGUCUCACAAAGACACAGUGGUUGGAACCCAAAAUCUCAAAUUUGGACUCAUCUGACCAAAGGACAGAUUUCCACUGGUCUAAUGUCCAUUAAGUGUGUUUCUUGACCAAAGCAAGUCUCAACUUCUUAUUGGUGUCCAUUAGUAGUGGUUUCUUUACAGCCAUGAAGGCCUGAUUCACGCAGUCUCCUCUGAACAAUUGAUGUUGAGAUGUGUCUGUUACUUGAACUCUGUGAAGCAUUUAUUCUGGCUGCAAUUUCUGAGGCUGGUAACUCUAAUGAACGUAUCCUCUGCAGUGGAGUUAACUCUGGGUCUUCCAUUCCUGUGGUGGUCCUCAUGAGAGCUAGAUUCAUCAUAGCGCUUAAUGGUAUGGUUUUUGUGACUACACUUGAAGAAAGGUUAAACGUUCUUGAAAUUUUCCAGUAUGACUGACGAUCAUGUCUUAAAUUAAUGAUGGACUGUCGUUUCUCUUUGCUUAUUUGAUCUGUUCUUGCCAUAAUAUGGACUUGGUCUUUUACCAAAUAGGGCUAUCUUGUGUAUACCACCCCUACCUUGUCACAACACAACUGAUUGGCUCAAACGCAUUAAGAAGGAAAGAAAUUCCACAAAUUAAAUUAACAAAGGCACACCUGUUAAUUGAAAUGCAUUCCAGGUGACCUCAUGAAGCUGGUUGAGAGAAUGCCAAGAGUGUGCAAAGCUGUCAUCAAGGCAAAAGGUGGCUACCUUGAAGAAUCUCAAAUAUAUUAAAUAUAUUGAUUUGUUUAACACACUUUUUUUGGUUACUACAUGAUUCCAUCUGUGUUAUUUCAUAGUUUUGAUGUCUUCACUAUUAUUCUACAAUGUAGAAAAUAGUACAAAUUGAGAAAUAUCCUUGAAUGAGUAGGUGUCCAAUCUUUUGACUGGUACUGUAUGUAACACUAACGCAUUUGCGGUGAAAGGUGACUGAGUGAGAGCAGUAUUUUUCAGACUGAGACAUCCCAAAAAUCGAUCGUCUGUAGCGUACGACCAGUUUGGCCUACAAAACUAUUAUGACACCUCUAUGGAAAGAUGAGACCUUCACGAACACCAGGGUGUUCUCUGUUUUGCGUUUCGACCCCUGCAAGCGUCUUGGGACUCGUCAGAAGUCAGUACAGCCGAUCUGCCAACUUCUGUUUGUAGCGUCCGAACAGUUUGGGCUACACAUUAAUAUAACCCAUCUGUGUAAAGGUGAGACUCUCACAAACACGUUUGCAGCAUCACAAGACAAGUCUGAAGGUCCCUUGGUACCAGUUGAAAAGAAUUAUGGAAAUAUAUAUGGAGUCUGUUUGGUGGCAAAAAUAAGGGGUUAAAUACUUGGGGGGGGGGGGUUGAGAGUCCAGCUCCUCUUAUUGGCUGAUUAAGUAAUAUAUGUGCAUGACAAUGUGAUUUCCCAGCAUGCUUGAGUUUGUCUGAAUUAUUAUGUUUUGAUUUUUCCAGAAGCUUAGGUCUAUUAUUUGGACACCAGUGAGUUUGGUGGAGGUCCAUAGUGUAUUCCAUAGUGCACAUCUUUUCAGGCUGGUAGUUAAUUGAUUCAUGUAAAUGUAUGAAUUAUUUGAUGGAUCAAUUAAAAAGCCACGGUCCCAGGUCUGAAUCAGUCCCUGAUUAGAGGGUUAGGUGAUGAAAAUCAGCAGUACUGUGGACCUCCAGAAUUUGAGUUCUUCUGAAUUAUGUUAAUAGAAAUUAUGUUGGGAAAGUAAAUAUGAUUUCCCCUGUGGACACAAAUGGCAAAUUAUAUUGGUCAAUAUUUAGAAUACGACUUUGUACAGGCAAAAAAAAUUCUUGAGAGUCCUGUAUAUUUCUGUAUGUGGAUCAGUGUAUGGGUAUAGGUGAGUGUGUGUGUGUUUGCUGGUUGUGUCUUUGUACUAGUGUCAGUACAUUCAGGAGCAUGUAUGAGGCUGAGUGUGAGGAUUCUAUUUUGUACAUACCUGGAUUGGGGGAGAUGAAACUACAAUGGUUAUAAGGAAAUGUUUAAAGUGUUGCACGGAAACAAUAAUACACGUCUUUGGUUUAUUUCCAAAUGAGGCACUUAAUGGAACAAAGGAGUCAACUGGGGGGGAUUCUGAAGCAGAAUAGCUCAAUCCCAAAUCGACUAAUAGCCCCUACCCUUUAGGCACUUCAUUUAGAUGUAAAAUAAUUGAAUAGGUGUAAGAAAAAUGUCAGGUUCCCCACCUUGCUCUCUGAAUUCUCACCAUAUUGCUCAACCCCACACAGUCCUUUCAGAUGUACACAAGAAGUGCAUGAGGCUUCAGUCAAUUUGGAAUUGUAUAUUGAUUGCGCUCUCCCAUCAGGGCCUUGUUCAGUAGGUACAACGUUAUGGAAUGUUCUGAAUCAGAAAUGCACUGUGUAACAGACAUGCCUCUGACUUGAAGAGUAACAGAAUCAUGUCUGCUUUAUUCAUGGCAAUUCUAUCUGCAACGUUCUGAGCGUGAUCCUUGUUGUGAUAAUGCUAUAGGCUACUGCCUUCAUUCUCUAUGCAACUGAGGCUGACAUUACAUGUCAUGGCUGCUGGCAAAUCACAACAUGCUCAAUUUCAAUCAGCCUACACAUUGUAUGUGUUGCUACUGCUGCAUGGGUCAUACUAUCCCUUCUCUAUGGCAUCAAAUGCAAUGUAAAGAACUGAUUUGUGAACUAAAGUCAGCAUCCUAAUUUACAUAUUGACAAUAUGGAAUGUGAGUUUGCAUCCUCACUGUGAUUGAAGCUGUGGGAAAGUUUAGUCUUGUCUGUACAUUCCCCUAAUGUGACAGUCAGUAUUCUUUCAGUGUGGGUAUUUCAUGAAACUGGGGGCAGAGUGGAUCUAAGGGGAAGCAUUUGCAUAUGUUGCUGCUGAGGGUCAUGUUUUCAUGUUUCUGAAAUAAAGAAUGUACACCCCCA